AUGCUCCUCAACGACUUCGCCUACCUCAUGGCGGUGCCUGCGCCGAGCGUCGCAGGCCCCGUGGACGCCUUUCCGCCCGCGGACAGAGACGCGGAAGAGCGCCUUCACAGGCGCCGCCCGCGCAGAUGCUUCCCACUCGCGCAUCCGGAUUCCCCCGCGCUGCUCAGGGGGCAUGCCUCGUCUGUUCCGUCGUCGCCUCUGACUCCUGCCGGCUGCAAAGCCUGCAGCCUGGUCUCGCCCGCUGCCCGCGCGGUCGCGCCCCGUUUGUCCUCGGCGGGCCCCAGCCCCGUCGCCGCCAAGGCCCGCAGGCCUGAGAGAGAGAUCCUCAGAGCGAGUCGCGCGGGCCAGCCGCGCUCCUCAUCACACGUGAGACUGACGCGGUGUGAGCAGGCAAGAACUAAGACGCCUCUGAGCAGAGAGCGUCAAGCUGCUGCGGCGGCCGCCGCCGAGGAGAAGAGGCGCCUCGAGCUGUACAGACAGCGCUUGAAACGCGCCGAGGCGAAGGCGGCCGCGCUGCAAGCUGAAGCUGCGCGGAAAUCCGAACAAGAGGAGCUGCAAAAGGAACGAGAAAGGGAGCAGCGCGAAGCGAUGGAGCACAAGCGGCGGCUGUUGGCGGCGCAGCGGUUCCGCGAGUUUGAAGAACAGCUCGAAAGGGAGAAAAUGCAGCGGCGGGCACAGCAGGAAGUCGUACAGGCAGCGCGGGCGGUCGCGGCGAUGCGAAGGCUGGAGGAGGCCCGCGAGGCGAAGGAGCAACUCGACAAAGUGAAGCAGCGGCGCCGCGAGCUCGUGAAGCAGAUGGAGCGAGAGCGGGCGAAGGCGGUGCGCGCGGCGGAGCUUCAGCAGGAAGAAAAGCGCCUGUUUGCCGCGGGGAUCCGCGAGCGGAGGCGCGACGAGGAGCUGUUGACGCAGGCGUCGUAUGGGUGCGCGGCGUCGCAGCUGAGCGGCCGGGCCUCUUCGAAAGCAGAGGACGGGCGCCCUCCGGCCCCGCGCUUCCUCAGCAGCAGCACGCUGCGAAGACUCCAGACGCGACAGAGCGACUUUGGUUCCUCCUUCCUCCACCGUCAGGCCUGCGCGGGCACUCUCGCCGCGGCGCUGGGACAAGCGGCACAACCGGACGCAGGGCCUCGCCGUCUCGACACCCGGCGCGCCGCGCGCUCGUCUGCAACUCGCUCCUUCCACGCAAACGCAGGCUGCAGCGACCGGCCGCAAAGAAGCGUGUCCCCGGACGUCGAGGAUGUCGCCAUGCGAGGCGACCCCAGCGGGCUGCUGUUCACAGGCAGGGCGAGCCGUUCCGACACGGAGGGGAGGCUUGGAUUCUCACACGCGUCGCAGCCCGGGCGGGCCUCUGCGUUUCCAUCAGGUGUCUGUCCACCCCGGUUCACGGUCUUGAGGACGGAACGGACCGCGCGCGGGCGCGGUGUACGUACACCGCGGAGUUCGCCACAGCGAGGACGGGACGCGCGCGCGCGGGUCGCCGCCACUGAGGAGACGCGCGGCUUUCCCUCGUCGCCUUCCUUCGACUGCUUCGACGCGCCGUUCUUCUCUCCGUGCCUAGACGCAGCGGAAUGGCGCGCGGGCGCUUCGGUGCUGCAUACCCCCCGUGUCUCUCCAUGCCUCUCUCAGCCCAGCUACCGAUCACGUUCCGCGCGCAGAGGCACCGGACGAGUCGAGGCUUGGGAAAACGGUGUUGCAGUCGGAUUUUGGAACGAGGAGGAGGAAGAAUUUUUUUGGUCAGGGCAUGCGGACGACUCAGACAUGAGAUUCGCAAGCGACGCGGCGGCCGAGGCGCUCCCCGGAGGCCUGUCGCCCCGCGAGUUCGCGUGGUGCGUGGAGAGGCCUUUGGCGGUUUCUUCCUCACCCUCGCCGUGUCGCGUGGUGCGUUCUGUCUCUCAGUCUCCGCCCGGUGAGGCAGCUCCCGGGUCGGGUGCGGGAUAUGAAGGCGAGGGGCGGCAGUACGCGUCCUUCUCGCUGCCGCUCCAAUUUCAUCUGCCGUUUACGUCUCUGCGAGCCGCCAACUCGGCGUUCGUCGUCGGAGACGCCGCAUGGAACGAGGGGCCCGGCUGCAGCAGUCCACAGGCCCUCACGCUCACUCCGUUUGCUUCGCCGUUCUCGCCCUCUCUCCCUGCCUCUGGGCGCCACGCCGGCGCCUGCUGCGAAGACGGGGACUCCGAGCCGGAGCGCGGCGCGCCCGAAGUCGAAACCGACGGAGGACAGAGUGUGCGUGUUUUCGCUUGCUCGCAUUCGUCAGCGUGCGUGUGCGAGGGCGUGGCGACGGGCAGGUGGGCCGUGGAAGCAGACUGGGGUCGCCGCUGGACGCGAGAGGGUCAGUCUGGCGAGCUUGUCAUCGAGGAGGCGCGAUGCGAUGUCUCAGCGCACGACUUCCCUUCUGAGAGGUGCGGGGGUUCCUUCCACGAGUUUUCCUUUGCCAAGCUGCCGACUGAGCGCUGCUGCGGCCCGGCGUCGUGCGCCGCCUGCUCGCCUCCAGCCCCAGCGCCCUCGCCGCCGUUUUCGCCGGCCUGUCACGCCGGCGAGUUCGCGCGCUCGCUUCCUGCUCCUUGCGAAGAGGCAGAGGAAACGCCCGCGGCUGACGCAUGCGGUAGCGCCGUGGCUGCCGCGCGGCUCAGCGGGUCGGACAGCUUGCCGGAGGCGGGCGAGCGAGAGGCGGAGGACGGGGAGAAGGGGCGCGCGUCAGACGCGAAGCCCCGGCGCGGGCGUGUGUGCUUUGACCUCACAAAGACCAGGGAGAAGUCGUUCUUCCUAAGGCGACCGAGCGCGGAUGACGACGCCGCGGAGAUCAGCCAGGGCGAGCGCCCCCGCCGACAGCCACUCUCGCCGUUCUCUGCGUCCUCGCCGUCCUCCUGGGCAUCGUCUCCGUGCGUCGGGCAAUCUCCAUGCUCGUCUCCAGUCUCCACGACGAACCUCACGGAUACGCCGUGUUUCGGCCGGGGCGGAAGGCGGAGACCGGCUUUUGGCGCCCGAGGCGGAAUUGACGCGGGCGAAGGCCCCCGCGGUGGCGACGAGGGCGAGCCGGCGCGCUGGGCGCGCGGAUACGAGGCGCCUGCGCUGGCCGCGCGGCCGCGCGGCGGCUGCAGAGCCUCGGCUUCUCGAGCGCAGGCGUUGGGGGGCCCCCAGGUGACGGACGCGCUGCAUGGCAGGCCUCCGUGGCAGUCGACCUCAGAUCCGCUGGGCACGCCGUUGUCGCGCUACGCAUGCGACGGCCGCGGGCAGCGCUCCCCGGCCGAGGGGGAAGGUAACCGCAGGCCGCCCUCGGGGCGCAGCGACGUGGGCGGCGAGGAGACGCGUGGAGAGACGCGCGAGGAGACCCUGAGUCGCAGGCGGAAUGAGAGGCGUGGCAGCGCGUCAGGAAAGAAGAUUCGCGACUUUGCUGCGGAGGUCUACUUCCAGACGCAGCGAGAGGCUCUCGCCGUUGUUGACGCUUGCGCGGGCGCGCGGGAAGGGUGGGGGGGGAGGCGGGCGACGAGCCUCAAACGCGGCGGUCGCAGCGGGAAAGCUUGCGCAGCGCGGAGAGAUCGGGAGACGCCUGGCCUCGCAGAGGAGGAAACAGUCCCCUCGCAGAGCAGACUCCGCGAGGCUGCAGACGAAGACGCGGACUUUGCGGCCGCGAAUGACGCAGGCCCGUCGCUCGUUUGUUCGCCCUUCGGCGGCUCAUGCGCCAGCGAGAGAGAUCAAGCCGGCGAGCGAGUCGGCCGCGAGGACGCGGGAGAGAAAGGAGACAUUCCCCCCGCGCGCGGGGGCUUGGCUCAGCACUCCCGGCGCCGGCUGGUUCUGGGCCGCCCGCCGCCUCUUCUGCUGUCGUCUUCGCUUCUGUCAUCUUCGCUUCUGUCGUCGUCGGUCCUCUCCUCCUCAACCGCCAGCAGCUGCUCGCUCACUUCGUCGCCUGUGCGCCCCUGCUGGGCGGCGCCGGCCGGAGACGCCUGUGAGCGGGCGGAUGCGCUUCCUCGCGCGAGCGGGCAGGUGGCAGCCUCCGCGGCAGCGGCGCUCUCUGGCGCAGUCCAGGCGGCAAAAAGCGCCGGGGGCGAGUCGCCCUCGAACAUGGCCCGCGCGUGGAGUGACGCGUUUGGCGCGUCUGCCUCAUCUUUUUCUCCGUUGUUGCCUUCCGGUGUCUCUCCAAGCUUCUCGCCGUCUCUCUCUCCGCUCUUGGCGGCUUUCUCUUCGUCUGCGACCUCUUCCUGCUCGCCGCCGUCCGCCUCGUUCGUCCUCACGCAGACCGGCGCCAUGAGCGGCAGCGGCUUGGGGGCCUGCGAUGCGGUCACGACGCCUGCGCAGAAACGCGCGGAGGAGCCCUGCGAGUCGGGCGGGGAGAGGCAGCCCCCUGCGCUGCGGCUCGCCGCGCGUAGGCCGUCGACGUCUUCCACAGGCAGCGUGCCGAGGACGCACGAGCGCGCCGGCGGUGCGGCAGACGACGGGCUGCUGAAGGGGCGAGAGGCGGGCGAGCCCGACGACGACGGCCCCCAGGGAGGUGAAGAAGAUGGAGACGAAGAAGACGGCUGCGAAAGGCGAGACGUGGAGCAGAGAGGCGAGCGCGGCGCAGCGUCGGACGCCGAAUGGCAAGCCAAGUUGGAAGAUUUCGAAUGUCGACCCUGA